AUGGCUAAUAAAUUUAUCCUUGUCCCAGAGGAUAUCUAUCGAGGAUUAUUGACUCAACCAUCUUCAGACACAGGAAACAUUAAUUUGGAUUAUACACGAAAAAAUUUGGAUAUUAUUAAAAGACAACACGAGAACAAUGAAUUAAAAAAUAUCAAUUACAAUCAAGAAUUACGUCGUUAUCUACACAUGCUAAAGGAGCAAAAUCAAACACCAGCAGGCGUAGCCGUUCGUAAAAUUGAUAACCCAGCCCUUGAUCAGAUAAAACAAUUAUUGCCCCUAAUUACUCCUACACAAAAUGAGAAUACAGCUGAUUUAAAUGUUACAAAACCAUCGAUAAAUGAUGAGGAAAAAGUAGUUACUGAGGACUCUAUGUAUACAGCAGAUGAAGGGAGUGACGUGGAAACACCCAAAACUUCAAAGACACCAAAAUCUAAAUUAACUCAAAGGACUUCAAUAAUAUAUCAUUUCAUGAAGAAAAAUUUUGAAAAAUAUAAAGUGAAUAAAGAAGAUAAAAUUUUAAAUGAGAAAGGAACAAAAGAAAUUCUAGGAAGUAAUGUUAAAAAAUCCCUUGAUUGCAUAAUACGCUCGGAUUUUACUGGAAAGCAUAAAUGGAAUGGAGUUUCACCGCCUGGUACUACUAUUCUAGAGAAAAGAUUGAGAAAUGAUCCCUAUAUUUGGCAAUUAAUUGAAAAAGCUAAAACACCAAUUACACCAAGACGCAUUACUCAGCCCAAAAGAAUAUCUCAAGGAUUCAAAUCAAAACAAUCGUCAUUAUUUGAAGGAGAAUGGAGACAACCAGAAGAGUGGAUAUAA